AUGCCGAUGCUCAAUGACUCCCGAAGCUGGGGCUUCCCAAGAAACAGGGGAAGCAGAGGAACAGGGGAGGCGGAAGCACGAAGGGGAGAGAAGAGAGAAGGGAGGGGACGGCUGAGCUCGGGUUUCCCGGUGUCGCCGGGUUGUACUGGAGAAGGCGACGGUGGUGGUGGGGUUCCGCAGCGGCGGAGAACCAAGGAAGGGGAGAGGGUGGUCGAAUCAGAGGAGGGAAAGCAGGGGAAUUUACAAGGGAAGCAGAGGAACAGGGGAAGCAGAGGAACAGGGGAGGCGGAAGCACGAAGGGGAGAGAAGAGAGAAGGGAGGGGGCGGCUGAGCUCGGGUUUCCCGGUGUCGCCGGGUUGUACUGGAGAAGGCGAAGGUGGUGGUGGGAUUCCGCAGCGGCGGAGAACCAAGGAAGGGGAGAGGGUCGUCGAAUCAGAGGAGGGGAAAGCAGGGGAGUUGAUUGAGGAGGGAGGCAGGGGAGGCUGA